AUGCUGGUAAACCUACAAGAAUUGUUGGAUCUAAGUGAUAAUUCAUUUGCUAGUGUCAUUCCGAGUCAGCUGGGUGGUUUGAGCAUGCUCGAAGUUUUGAAUCUUUCACACAAUGCAUUGAAAGGUAGCAUCCCACCAUCAUUUCAGCGCAUGUUCAGCCUCCUAUCCAUUGAUGUGUCAUUCAACAAAUUGGAAGGGUCAGUGCCACAGAGUAGGUUGUUUGAAGAAGCUCCAAUCGAAUGGUUCAUGCAGAAUAAGCAAUUGUGUGGUGUAGUGAGAGUAACUUUGCAAUGUAAACGGAGGAAACCCAAGGUGGAAUGCGCAAAUGAGUUGCAACAGACAAAGCUGUUCGCCAUCUGGAACUUUCAUGGAGGAGAUAUGUACAGGCAAAUUGUUGACGCCACAGAAAAUUUUAGUGACGCUCACUGCAUUGGAUUUGGAAAUAGUGGAUCAGUAUAUAGAGCUCAGUUACCAACAUGCGAGAUAUUUGCAGUAAAGAAGAUUCAUACAAUAGAAGAGGAUGAGCUAUUUAAUCGUGAAAUAGAUGCCUUGAUGCAUAUUCGGCAUCGCAAUAUUGUGAAGUUAUUUGGCUACUGUUCUGCUACUCAAGGAAGAUUUCUUUUGUAUGAAUACAUGGAAAGAGGAAGCUUAGCAGCAUCUUUAAGGACCAAGGAAACUGCAAUAGAGUUGGACUGGACAAGGAGGUUAAAUAUUGUUCAGGAUGUGGCCCAUGCUUUGUCUUACAUGCAUCAUGAUUGCUUUGCGCCGAUAGUCCAUAGAGAUAUAACAAGUAACAACAUUUUGCUUGAUCUGGAAUUUAGAGCAUGCAUCUCUGAUUUUGGUAUUGCCAAAAUAUUAGAUGUGGAUGGGUCAAACUGCACAAGGCUUGCCGGGACAAAAGGAUAUCUUGCACCAGAGCUUGCAUACACAACAAGGGUGACGGAGAAGUGCGACAUCUAUAGUUUUGGAGUGCUUGUGCUCGAGUUGUUCAUGGGACAUCAUCCGGGUGAUUUUCUUUCGUCCCUCUCGUCCAUGGACAAGAAAAGUACAAUACCCAAGUAUUUGCUGGACACCCAGCUCCCAUUGCCUAAAGCUGAGAUUGCAAAUGAAAUAUUCAAAGUGAUUUCCAUCGCUGUUCGGUGCAUAGAACCUGACCCAUUACACCGUCCAACGAUGCAGGAUGCAAUCAAGGUGUUCUCUGCAGAUGAAGGACCCAGUAAUCUUGAUUACCUGCACACUGAAAUCGUCAUCCCUGCUUGUGGUUUUGAAUGUUCUUAG